UCGUUCAGAGCUCUGACCACCUUGGACCUGCUUACCGAGACACAUUGAAUCGGAGAAGAGACUGUUUGGUGAAGAAACGGUGUUGUAAUGUGCUUCAGGUUAUUGUUGUAACGGGGCGGCGGCGCUUUGUUUUGGGAUUUUUCUGCUGCACGUCGUCUAUUUUAGCCUGAAGCUGGGAGCUGGGAGCUCAUUAAAGUGUGUGCGACACUGGCCAGAUUUCAUCUUUUGUCCUUUUAGUCMAACGUGUCCUGUUGACUGUUCAAAAAUGCCCCWUGACUCCUCGAUGAUGGAAAAUGUUGUCACAACAUUGACUUCUAUUUGAGGCAUUUUGAGUUGAGCUGCAGUUAUUAUUUGCCAUCCAGCUGUUUAUAAGAAAUAUCAGAGAGAUAAAUCACCCCGAACAUACUGGCAGGAAUUAUGGGGAGUGUGUUCCUGCCAGCAAAUUCAGCCCACUCGGUGCUGAGGCGGCUGCGGAGGGCCAACUUCCUGUUGGAGGAGAUGAAGCUUGGGAACAUUCAGAGGGAAUGCCGUGAGGAGGUGUGCACCUACGAGGAGGCCCGGGAAGCUUUCGAGAACGACGAGAAGACGAAGCGAUUCUGGGAGGAAUAUGUCCGGGAAAGCAGUCCACCCGGUGGUUUGGACUCCAUGGUCGGCGGGGCCCAAUCUCUCUACCUGAUCGUGCCGCUGCUGCUGGUCGGGCUCAUCGUCAUCGCCGUCGCCAUCACUGCCUGGCGCUGCCACUCCCGCAAGCGCUCCCAGCGMAGCCCGGGCCUGGGCCACUCGCAUCAUAACCACGUYCUGUCGGUGGUCUCCAUGGACCAGUGGGGGAGGGACUACCAUCAUGGUGACCAGUCAGAACUCAGCAUCCACAGCAGCCCGGCCUAUCCAGGCUCCGAGAUCACCCUGGGGAGAGGAAGCGCAGGAGAUCCGCCGCCGUCAUACGAAGAGGCCGUGGGCCACACAGAUGUCCAGAUAGAGACAGAGCCGCCUCCUCAGUACGAAGACAUAGUGAACUCCAGCUCCGGUAGAAUCAGCGGUGGUCAAAGGAAGUGAACACGUCUCAAACUAAAGCCCUGACCUACGUGAAGACCAUGUUAUUGUUUAGCAGUGUUUCUACUGUGGUAUCACCAGCCUUCAACAUUCAACACGCAGCAAGCACACACAUUUCMGUGGACUGAUGCAAACUUUGCCGGUGCCAGUUCUGUUGAAAUUUGCACUGACCUUUUCGUCAUCGAGGUGAAGUAAUGCAUAAGGGAUUAAGUGAUACUGUAAUACCAAAACCAAACAACACCUCAUGUGAAGGAUGAAAGGGUUUUAUUGCUAUAAUUCAGACCAGCGUAUAAUGAGGGUUGGAUUGAUGCUUCUCAGAGGAUCAGUGCCAAACUAUUGAGACUUAAGCAGGCAAAAAUACAUUAUUUCAACUUUUCUUUUUCUUCGUAUCUAGAUAUCCGUUUUUUUGUCUUAACACAUAUAGAGUCAGACAUGUUUGUGGACUUGAGAGAGGACUUGGACUUGGUGUUGGGUUAGGUGAUCUUGCUGGUAAAGAUGUGUAAAAAGCUUUAAACUAAAUGCACGUUUCAUUCCAGCACAAUAACCUAGCAAUACAAGACUGAGAAAAAUUUUACCUUUAAUUUGAGUAUAUUUAUUCAGUGUGAAAAAAAGUUAAGAGAUAAUUAUUAUCAUAGCCUCUGAUUGCACAGUUGUUGGUACCUUUGGUGCCAGUAUAAAUCACAAACGUCAAAUAAAACACAUAUAUAGAAAACACAAGGAAAUUACCUAAAUACAAUUUUGAAAAUGUGCUAAUUUUUAAAAGAGAUACCAGAGUCCAAAAAUGCUUAAGGAAAGAACCCUGGCAGGGAAGUAGGGAGAUAAGCCAGUGCUUGUCCAUGUAAUGUUCUUACAGUAAAAAGGAGGAACUUUGAAAUCAAUGGCAAGCCACUUUAACUGGUAAAACUGUUGAGUGAGAUGUGCAUGUAAAAAUCUUAGCAGUUGAUUGACCGGGGUAAUAAUCUUCUACCACAUACACUCUUGGAGCACACAGAGGGAGAAACGUGAAACAGACCCACAGAUUCCCAGACCGUCCACCGUUGGGAACGGUGUGUAAAAGAAUGUGCAGAAUGUGUGUCGAAUUGCUGACGUGCUUUACUUCAAACCUACCCUGAUUGUUUUUGUUUUUUUUACCAAAAAAAAAAAAUCUUAAUCUCAGUCUUGUCUGAUCUAAACUCCCAGUAAAAUACCAAAAGCAACUAGCAAUAUACACACAGUUACAUAAGACGGGGAAAUUCUUGUGUCAGUGAAGGUGAGAAGUCCAGUUUUACUUUAGGUUUUGUAGUGUCCUUGAUGACUUGGUACCAACAGGAGUGUUUAUGACAGGAAAGUCAUUGUUUUUGGCAUCGCUCUCAACCAGUUUACAUGUAAAUAGACUCUAGUAAUUGUUAUGUAGACUGACAACCCUAACGUUUCCCUCUUUGCUCCACUUUUCUAACUGUAAAUUUUACCAAGACGAUAAAUACGGGUCUCCAAUAAGCUUGGUUGCCAGUUACAAAAGGAAAUGGGUCUCCAUGUCAAAUAAUGUUUUUAUCCCAGAGAAAUAGGUAUGGAUUACCAAUUAGGACCCCCUGACUUAACGUAAAAUGCUUCACUUACAUUUUUUUUAUUGAUUUUAAUGCGCGUAAAUGUUUUUUCCCUCUGCUAAAUGCUUUUGAUUUAAUUGUUAGAAUCUUUUAAAUAUUUCAGUGUUACAUUGUGCUACUGCAUUAACUAGCGAUAAUUAUUAUAUGGCUUUUUACACAACUUUGCCAGGGAUGCAUAGAAAUGUGUCUGUGACUAUUUGUGCUUUAAGGUUUUUCUCUCAUUCAGUUUCCAGGCUGUUGAACUGUGCAGUUAUUUGUCUAAGGGAAGGAAAGCAACGACGUAAAAGUCAGAAGUUUUUCCACCUUUUAACUUCUGAAACUCUUCUGGUGGCAUUUCUGCUUGUGCUGACUGUAAAUGAGAAGCAGCCCGUCACAUUUUAUAAUAGAUAAUUGCAGACCCUAAUACAAAGAAGAAGUUAACACUUCAAAAUACUUUACACCGUACUAACAGCACUCAGAUUUCUUGCUCUAAUGUAGGUUGAAAUGUUUUUUUUUCAGCAAAUGCACUAAUCCAACAUUAAAAAUAUGUUGAAGACUGGAACAUAUAAAGGAGGAAGUAAAGCGGGAAUCACAUUACUUAUAAUCUUGGUAAUGCAUGAACCUGGCCUUUUCAGGUCAUAAACAUCUCUGCGCUGUUUGUUGACAGUCAGACCUCACUAACCCUCAUGAACCUGUGGGUUUCUGCUCAGAGGCAGAAAUACGGGCACAAGAAAGAGAUUCUGGAGCUGUUAGGAAAUUAAAUAUAAGAAAAGAGUUUGUACUAAGUGUCACUAUAACUAAACUCCACGUUUAGCAUGUGUAAUCACCUCUACAUACUGUAUAUGUGUAUAGAAUAUGUCUGAAAGUUAACUAAGAUUGAUUUUGUUUAUGCAUAGGAGUUCAUUAAAUGCAUUGAUACUAAUGUGAUUGUACUACAGUAAGCGGUGAGGCUAACAGGAAGUGUCUAUGCUUAACAGGAAGUGCUUAAUGAAAGGUAGGAAAGUUCUCAUUCAACGAGCCGAUGUUACUCUAGGUGCUUCUGAUCUAUAUGCAAUAUUUCCUAAAUGAUAAGCACUAAAGACCAAAUGUACCCGUCUAACCUUCAUUGGCAAAAAUAAAUGUCGCUGAUCUUUCCACACGGCGCACACCUUAAGCACUAAAUAUUGUUGUAUGUGAGUUGACCUGUAAACCUCAGCAUUUGCUCUGACACUGGACUGCGCUGGUAGUCACUUGGAUUACAUAAGUUAGUGUACUGAUACUUCCACAGAGCCGUUUUUUACAACGCCUUAUUAAACAAAAUGUUACAUAAAAUUGAACACAAGGGAAGUUGUUAUAAAUUCUUGUCUCGUGAAAAGCUUGAUAUUAAUUUUUAAUAAAAAAAA